GGCAUGAGCCGGCCCCCGGCGACGGGGAAAAUGCCCGGCGCCCCCGAGGCCGGGCCAGGGGACGCGGCCGGCGCGGGCCGCCAGAGGAAGCUGGAGGCGCUCAUCCGAGACCCUCGCUCCCCCAUCAACGUGGAGAGCUUGCUGGAUGGUUUAAAUUCCUUGGUCCUUGAUUUGGAUUUUCCUGCUUUGAGGAAAAACAAGAACAUAGAUAAUUUCUUAAAUAGAUAUGAGAAAAUCGUGGAAAAAAUCAGAGGCCUGCAGAUGAAGGCAGAAGACUAUGAUGUCGUAAAAGUUAUUGGAAGAGGCGCUUUCGGUGAAGUCCAGUUGGUUCGUCAUAAAGCAUCACAGAAGGUUUAUGCCAUGAAGCUUCUUAGCAAGUUUGAAAUGAUAAAAAGAUCAGAUUCUGCCUUUUUUUGGGAAGAGAGAGAUAUCAUGGCCUUUGCCAACAGUCCCUGGGUGGUUCAGCUCUUCUGUGCCUUUCAGGAUGAUAGGUAUCUGUACAUGGUCAUGGAGUACAUGCCCGGAGGGGACCUUGUGAACCUUAUGAGUAAUUACGACGUGCCUGAGAAGUGGGCCAAAUUUUACACUGCCGAGGUUGUGCUUGCCCUGGAUGCAAUACACUCCAUGGGCCUCAUACACAGAGACGUGAAGCCGGACAACAUGCUCUUGGAUAAACAUGGACAUCUAAAGUUAGCAGAUUUUGGCACAUGUAUGAAGAUGGAUGAGACAGGCAUGGUACACUGUGACACUGCCGUUGGGACCCCUGACUACAUUUCACCCGAAGUCCUGCAGUCCCAGGGAGGUGAUGGCUACUAUGGACGAGAAUGUGACUGGUGGUCUGUAGGGGUUUUUCUUUUUGAAAUGCUAGUGGGAGAUACUCCAUUUUACGCAGAUUCACUGGUAGGAACCUACAGCAAAAUUAUGGAUCAUAAAAAUUCACUGUGUUUCCCUGAAGAUGCAGAAAUUUCUAAACAUGCGAAGAAUCUCAUCUGUGCUUUUCUAACAGAUAGGGAGGUACGACUUGGGCGAAAUGGGGUAGAAGAAAUCAAACAGCAUCCUUUCUUUAAGAAUGAUCAAUGGAAUUGGGAUAACAUAAGAGAGACUGCAGCUCCUGUGGUCCCUGAACUCAGCAGUGACAUAGAUAGCAGCAAUUUUGAUGACAUCGAAGAUGACAAGGGUGAUGUGGAAACCUUCCCAAUUCCUAAAGCUUUUGUGGGAAAUCAGCUGCCUUUUAUAGGAUUUACCUACUAUAGAGAAAACUUGUUAUUAAGUGAUUCCCCACCUAUUAGAGAAAAUGAGUCAGUACAAUCAAGAAAAAAUGAAGAAAGUCAAGAGAUUCAGAAAAAAUUACAUGCACUAGAAGAACACCUUAACAAUGAGAUACAAGCCAAAGAGGAGCUGGAGCAGAAAUGCAAGUCUGUUAAUACUCGCCUAGAGAAAACAGCGAAGGAGCUAGAAGAAGAGAUUACCUUAAGGAAAAAUGUGGAAUCUGCAUUAAGACAGUUAGAAAGAGAAAAGGCGCUACUCCAGCACAAGAACGCAGAGUACCAGCGGAAAGCUGAUCACGAGGCAGACAAGAAGCGGAAUCUGGAAAAUGAUGUUAACAGCUUAAAAGAUCAACUUGAAGAUUUGAAGAAAAGAAAUCAGAACUCUCAGAUAUCCAAUGAGAGAGUGAGUCAACUCCAGAAACAACUGGAUGAAACCAGUGCUUUGCUGAGAACAGAAUCUGAUACUGCAGCCCGAUUAAGAAAAACACAGGCAGAAAGUUCAAAACAGAUUCAGCAGCUGGAAUCUAACAACAGAGACCUACAAGAUAAAAACUGCCUGCUGGAGACUGCCAAGUUAAAACUUGAAAAGGAAUUUCUGAAUCUUCAGUCAGCCCUGGAGUCUGAAAGGAGGGACCGAACUCACGGAUCAGAGAUAAUUAACGAUUUGCAAGGUAGAAUAUCUGGCCUCGAAGAAGAUUUAAAGAAUGGCAAACUCUUAGUAUCAAAAAUAGAAGUGGAGAAGAGGCAGCUUCAGGAGAGACUCGCAGAUCUGGAAAAGGAGAAGAGCAACAUGGAAAUAGACAUGACAUACCAACUAAAAGUGAUUCAGCAGAGCUUAGAACAAGAAGAAGCCGAACACAAGACCACUAAAGCACGGUUAGCAGAUAAGAACAAGAUCUACGAGUCCAUUGAAGAAGCGAAGUCAGAAGCCAUGAAAGAAAUGGAGAAGAAGCUGCUGGAGGAAAGAAGCCUGAAGCAGAAGGUGGAGAACCUGCUGUUGGAGGCGGAGAAAAGGUGCUCGCUGCUGGACUGCGACCUCAAACAGUCGCAGCAAAAGCUGAGCGAGCUCCUCGCGCAGAAAGAUGUGCUCAGUGAGGAUGUCAGAAACUUGACAUUAAAAAUUGAGCAGGAGACUCAGAAGCGCACCCUCACCCAGAAUGACCUGAAGAUGCAGACGCAGCAGGUGAGCGCCCUGCGGGUGUCGGAGAAGCAGCUGAGGCAGGAGAACAGCCAUCUCACCGAAGUGAAAGCAAGCCUGGAGAAGCAGAACACCGAGCUGCGCAAAGAGAGGCAAGAAGCAGAUGGGCAAAUGAAGGAACUCCAGGAUCAGCUCGAAGCAGAGCAGUAUUUCUCAACACUCUAUAAAACACAAGUUAAGGAACUUAAAGAAGAGUGUGAAGAAAAGACCAAGCUUUGUAAAGAGUUGCAGCAGAAGAAGCAAGAGCUGCAGGACGAAAGGGACUCCUUGGCCGCCCAGCUGGAGAUCACACUAACCAAAGCAGAUUCCGAGCAGCUGGCACGUUCAAUUGCUGAAGAACAGUAUUCUGAUUUGGAAAAAGAGAAAAUCAUGAAGGAGUUGGAGAUCAAAGAGAUGAUGGCUAGACACAAACAAGAGCUUACUGAAAAAGAUGCGACCAUUGCAUCCCUUGAAGAGACUAAUAGGACACUAACCAGUGAUGUUGCCAAUCUUGCCAAUGAGAAGGAAGAAUUAAACAACAAACUGAAAGAUGCUCAAGAGCAGCUGUCCAAGUUGAAAGAUGAAGAAAUCAGUGCAGCUGCUAUUAAAGCACAAUUUGAGAAACAGCUGCUGACGGAAAGAACGCUCAAGACUCAGGCUGUGAAUAAGUUGGCUGAGAUCAUGAAUCGAAAAGAACCUGUCAAACGUGGAAGUGACACAGAUAUGAGAAGGAAAGAGAAGGAGAAUAGGAAGCUACACAUGGAACUUAAAUCUGAACGUGAAAAAUUGACCCAGCAGAUGAUCAAAUAUCAGAAAGAACUGAAUGAAAUGCAGGCUCAAAUAGCUGAGGAGAGCCAGAUUCGAAUUGAACUGCAGAUGACACUGGACAGCAAGGACAGUGACAUUGAGCAGCUGCGGUCACAGCUGCAGGCCUUGCACAUCGGGCUGGAUAGUUCCAGCAUAGGCAGUGGACCAGGUGAUGCGGAGGUCGACGAUGGGUUUCCAGAAUCAAGAUUAGAAGGAUGGCUUUCCUUACCUGUGCGAAAUAACACUAAGAAAUUUGGAUGGGUUAAGAAGUACGUGAUUGUAAGCAGUAAGAAGAUUCUUUUCUAUGACAGUGAGCAGGAUAAAGAACAAUCUAAUCCUUACAUGGUGUUAGAUAUAGACAAGUUAUUUCAUGUGCGGCCUGUUACACAGACAGAUGUAUAUAGAGCAGAUGCUAAAGAAAUUCCAAGAAUAUUCCAGAUCCUGUAUGCUAAUGAAGGAGAGAGUAAGAAGGAACAGGAGUUUCCAGUGGAGCCAGUGGGAGAAAAAUCUAAUUAUAUUUGUCAUAAAGGACAUGAAUUUAUUCCUACUCUUUAUCACUUCCCAACCAACUGUGAGGCUUGCAUGAAGCCAUUGUGGCAUAUGUUUAAGCCCCCUCCAGCGUUGGAGUGCCGUCGCUGCCACAUCAAAUGCCACAAAGAUCACAUGGACAAGAAGGAGGAGGUUAUAGCACCUUGCAAAGUGUAUUAUGAUAUUUCAACGGCAAAGAAUCUAUUGUUAUUAGCAAAUUCUACAGAAGAACAGCAGAAGUGGGUUAGUCGGUUGGUGAAAAAGAUACCUAAAAAACCUCCGGCUCCAGAUCCUUUUGCACGCUCAUCUCCUAGAACUUCAAUGAAGAUUCAACAAAACCAGUCCAUGAGACGGCCAAGCCGACAGCUUGCCCCAAAUAAACAAAGCUAACUGCCUUCUGUGAAAGCAGUCAUUCAAGGUGAUCAUUUUCCUCCAGUUAAAACAAGACUGAAAUAUGUUUUCCUCAAAGACUAAUAUGCAUACGUACACAUAGAUGUUCUGCUUUCCCUGUAAUAUAAAGUAAAAAAUGUGGAGAGAUUUUUCUGGGCUCUAGGAAGCAGCAAGCUGAACCAGCAGUGCUUGGCUGCUAGGAUCGGGAUGUCCUGUGCGACUCUUCCACGCUCACUGCGUGUGCUCUGGGGCAGUUGCUCACACUGCGGUGCACAGAAGCUUGAGCAGAGUGAGCUCACCAGCACACUGACAGCAGGAUCUGGGGAUGGAGUCCACGAUGCAGAUAGGACGGCCUCUUUAAGAAGUGACCAUUGUGCUGUAUAUACUAUAGAUAGGCAGAUAAAUGGAUUUAUAUAUAUACAUACGCACACACACAGUACUGUAAUACUGUAAGAGGGUUUUUCAACUUCCUAUUUUAUUUUUUUAAUCACAUUAAACCAGGUAUCAUUACUUCCUGCAGCUGUGCACUUGUGUAAAGCCAUAAUGUUGGGUUGUGUUGGGAUGCUGCAUGCUCGUGUUCAGCAAUCCCCGCUCCAGGAACUAUGAAGUGAAUUACAGUCGUUUCUAAUGUUAGUGAUAGGCAAGUUGACCCAUUUCGGACGCCUUAAUUUAAUUUUCCCCUAAGUCUCAUCCCUUCUAAAAGAGAAAAUAGAACCAGUGUGUAUCUACCGGCUCUUAGGUUGCAGAUUUGCUUUGUGAGAGAAAAUAGUGCACUAUUUUUACACAUAAUAGUUAUUAUAGCAAUGUCAACCUAUUUUGAUUGUAAAAAUCGAUUGGUCCUGGAAGCAAUGAUGCAUAACAUUGGAGCUAACGUAUCUGAUGUGUAUCUUCAUUAACCCUUUUUGUAGAGCUCAGUAAUAUUCUGUUACUGCAGGACGUUUGCUUUGCUCUGAAUUUGCUGGCUGUCUUAAGUGUGCGUCUGCUUCUGGUAACGACAUUUGUGACUAUUUGUACAUUUCAUAUUCAAAGCUCAAAAACUGUCUCAAAUAUAAACUAUGACAUAAUGUAGAUAUAUUUUAAAUAUUUAAAUGUGAUCCUCAAACACGUAAUUGUGUAUGGCAAUAUUUCAGUACUGGAUAAAGAAAACUGGUAUCUGGGAAGAAGCAGCCUCAAAGGCGGUGAAUUUGAUUUUUUGUUUUUAAAAUGCUAUUAAGUUUAUGCAGGCAUAUUCCUGCAAUAAUUUCUCAUUAUCCCAGAUGAGUAUAUAUUUUAUACUGCAGCAGUAUGCAACCAUGGAAGCAUCAAGUUUAAAAGCAAAAAAAAAUAGUCUUCUAUCAGUCUCUUACAGACAGACACAGAGUUUAGUAAGAUACUUAGCUACUCUGCUAUUUCAGUGAAGAAAGUGGACGCUGCCCGUGGGCUGCUCUGGAGCCCACGCAGGGCCAUGGAGCAAGGACGGCUUCCGUCACAGUACUGUGGGGGGAAGGAGAGUCCCCUCUGGACAAGGGGUGACAUGCUGAGCCAGAGGCUGUCCCUCCAACCUGUGCCAGGCUCACCUGGACGCCACCUCUGCUGAGCCCGGAGGAGCACGCGCCUUGCCCUUGCAGGGGGUUUGCAGUUCCGGUUGGGGGCACAGCUUUUUCUUUUUUUAAAAUAAGUUUUAAAAAUGAAAAAUAUAUAAAAUUUAUAUAAAAUAAAUAUUUCCAUUCACUAGAGUUGUUAAAAGGAGACUGAAUAUUUUAUAUAAAGAUUUUGUUACACUAUGGGAGGUUCUAUCCUAUUCUGAAUUGGAGAGUAUAUAUAUAUAUAUUUUUAAUAAACUUUAUUAAGGUGAAAUAAUUUCAAGUUUACACAUAAGUAAUUGAACUAUUUGAGUAAAAACGCAGAAGUUUAAAUUUUUAAUUCUGUGUAUAUUAGAGAAUAUGGAGAAUCAAGGUGUGAUGCAACUGUACAAGGAAAAUUAAUGUGAAGUAUUUAAAGGGAAGGAUAUUCUGAGGGGUGGAAAAGAUCUCUUCUGUGGAGAUUGUUGCCAUUAUUAGGGUCUAAAGUGGAGUUUCUAAGGUUGUUUAUCCAACCAGUGGCAAUGUGCUGAAUAUGAAAUUCUGGCCAAGGUAAGAAUCUGCUCCCCUGCCCAGUCCAUGACCGCCCCCACGGGCGUCCGUGAGUGUGUGCCCUCAGCCGUGUGUUUUCCUCCUAAUGCUCAUUAAAUACGAAACAAGCUGAUUUUGCGCCAGUUUCUCUUUUUCCUGAGGCCCCAAAGCUUCCAAGAUAAAUCUGAGAGCAAAAGUUGUUCAUUUCUUCACACCUGGUUUCUCCCACCACCAUAAUACCUCCUGUUAGCAACUAGGAACAGGGAGUCCUGGGGUUUUCUUCACUAGAUUUUGUUUUUGUCUUACUUUGUGGGAAUAGUAGGACAGAAGUAGAAGGGAAAUGGGUACCGAUGUUAACUGUGGAAAAAAAGUAUUAACACUAAAAGCCGUGCUAUCUGAAAGCAAUAUUUUUUAAUUUAAAAAAUGCCUACAAGUUUCAAACACUCUGGCUAACUAAUGAGGAACUAUUCCAGUAAAUUAAAAAUAGCAGCUGGUGCUCUCCAGCCAGCCCGAGCUGGAGUGGCAUGCAUCUGGCUGUGAAGGGUCUGCCUGGUGCGGGUGAAGUGCAGAUUCUAAACAGGAAAUGCUUGGGUUUGCCAAACCACAAUUCCAGAAAGUAUGCUGCUGCUGUUGAGCGUUUCCUGCAGGAUUCCCUCCCACCCUCCGCGGAUGCUACUGAGACAUGCUCUGAAUAACCUGUGCAGAAUCUGGUGACAGCAAGUCCCUUCUGAGCUUCUCGGUCCAUGUUGACACUGCUGCUGACUCGCCUCUGCUUGCCUGGAACAGGCUCCUGCUCCCCCGUGGCAAGACAACGCCGAGGAGGAUGGUAAAGCACUUUGAAGACAGCGCUGUGUGACAGUGCCAAGCACCGUGCCUGGGGCCUCUCCCGAGUCCCUUCCCCGUCACUGACUCUGGUUGGUUGGUUUGGAAUUAUAUUAAGUUAUGAGUUGCAUGGUUUAGAUAAAUCAUCAAUAUUUGAUCAGCUGUCCCCCUAAACAAAAGUCAUACCCCACUGAUUUUUCCUUUUGAAAAUUGUGUUGCAUCUUUGUAGUAUGGUAAUUGUAUUUUAUGCCUGCUUUUUGUUUAAAAAAAAUAAUAAAUUAAGAUGUAAGCA